AUGAGGCAUGUCAGCGAGGACAGCAAAUGUGAGCAACACCAGUCCCAUGACUAUGCAGUGCUGGGAUUUCUUUGUUGGUACCCGAGGGCUCUGGCAGAUAUCCUCCGGCAGCAGGGGCCCAUCCCAAUAGCACACUGUGAAAGAGAGACUAUCUCGGCCAUCGAUACCCCUCCCAAAGAAAACACGCCUGUCCGGACAUCCUCCAAAAACCACUACACCCCCGUGCGCACCUCGAAAAGCAACCCAGGUCACUAUGGGAAGGAUCUCUAUCGAAGCGGAGGGCCAGAUCUCCAUAACUUCAUCUCCUCCGGCUUUGUCACGUUAGGAAGAGGACACGUCAAGGAUGACCAAGAACAAAAUUAUAACCACCUGAUACUAAACAGCGCUGCCCAGACACCUGCCAAUGAAAAACCCCGGCUGAACAGCAUCCUCACUUCUGCCACGGAGCCCUACGACCUCUCCUUCUCCCGCUCCUUCCAGAACCUCGCCCACCUCCCGCCGUCCUACGAGGCUGCCGUCAAGACUAACCCAAGUAAAUAUUCUUCUCUGAAGAGAUUAACUGACAAAGAAGCCGACGAAUAUUACAUGAAGCGAAGACACCUUCCUGACCUGGCAGCACGGGGGACGCUCCCUCUCAACGUCAUCCAGCUGUCCCAGAAACAGCCCAACCACCGGGAGCGGCCCCGGCGCCCCGUGAGGGCCAUGUCCCAGGACAGGGUGCUGUCUCCCGAGAGGGUCAUGCCCGAGGAGUUCAGCAUGUCCUACGAGCGGAUCCUCUCUGAUGAACAGCUUUUGUCCGCAGAGCGCCUCCAUUCCCAAGACCCCCUGCUCUCCCCGGAGCGCACGGGCUUCGCAGAGCCGUCCAUGUCACGCGCCUUGUCACACACGGACGUCUUUGUUUCCACGCCUGUCCUGGAUCGCUACAGGAUGACAAAGAUGCACUCCCAUCCCAGUGCCUCAAAUAACUUGUACAAUACCUUGUGUAUGAACCAAACGUCCGCCAAGCGCCAAGCGUUCGCCUCCCGGCGGCACAACACCGUGGAACAGCUGCAUUAUAUCCCAGGACACCACCAACACUACCGCACAGCGAGCAAAACAGAGGUGACUGUUUGAUGUGAGGUUGUGCCUAGAAAAUAAUCAGCAAGGACUGGUGUGACCCCAGCACCCCAAACUGCAGUGGCCUUACAGGCCAAGAUAACCUCUAACUGAGCGUCCGAAAGGACUUUUCUGAGUCCCAUCUGCAGUGUUUUUAAACCCAUUCUCAUGCUGUUGACAUAAGAACAAAAACAAAACACGACUUGGGAGGGACAUUGGAGAGAGCCCCCAUCCUGUGCCAGUUUCUGUCAAAGAAAGCCAUAGCAGUGGCUGGCACCUGCCAAGGGCUAAGCUGCUGGGACGCCCUGCUUCUGGUGAAUGGAGGACUUAACGCAGUUCCUCACAGAGCCCUUGGUAGGGUGCAGCCUCCUCGCUUGGCAAGUGAGGCCUGUCGCCAUCUCUCACACCAGCGCUUUUGGCCAGUACUGAGUUGUUCAGUGGUUCCUUGCAUCGCCCUGGACUCUGGUCGUCUCCGCCAAGCGUGAGACGCUCACAUACCCCCCCACGCCCCCCCAAGCAGCCGCUGCUCUUCCAGAGGGGUUUUCCAGGCAAAGCUUACCGGGGGGCUGCCAGAUCUCGUGGCACGAUUAGUUGAGCCGCUAAAUAUACUCACCAAACAGAACUAUACUAGUGCCUACAAACCGCCUGCUCUCAGCGUAGGAAGUAGCGGGGUUGACGUGUCAAUAAGCACAAUUAGGCUGGAAUGCUCGUUAGGCCCUUUCUGUGCUCUUCCUAAUUUCUGUAACCAGAAAACAGGGAUGGGAUUUGAUUGGUUCUGCUUCUUGCCAACAUGAUGCCGGAGGCACCAAAACCCACCCACCCGUCAUCCCCUUGCUAGCCAGCACUAUAGGUAAACCCACAGCUCCACGGAAACCGUCCGACUCGCGCUGGCUUCCGUGGGGCCGUGGUUUCACCACGCUGUUAGCAGCUCGGCCCAGCCCGGCCCCUCAGCCUCUUCCAGAGCUGAACGACCUCACAAGGGAGGACUCACCAUGUCAGGGGGACGGCGCCCUCUUUGCUCAAGCUGCUUAAAAGACACGGACAGAAAAGUUUGUCUAUUGCCUCAGAACUAGAGAGAGACUUCCAAGUCAUCGCCUGAGCCGUUCUAUUUCAUGUGCAUAAAUUAUAUAGUAGACAUAACCCCUCGAAGCGGGCAUGCUGUACAGCUGAUGUGUAUUGCCAAUUAGAUGCAGAGUAUUUGUAAAUUCUUUUAAAAAUAGACUCCUGGGUCCAAACUUUGUGAGGUGUUUUGUAUUUCAGUUUGUAUUUCCAUUCUGUAGAGCUCACUCAAAGUAGGACGUACCUCUGCGCCCUGGGAGGAGCUUUCGAAAGGCCGGUCAGCGUCCCGGACCAAGGACUUCAGGUUUUACAUACAGAUAGUAAGAAUUGCCCCAGCUCUCUGCCACUCCACCGCAUACUCAGUCACGGCCCCUCCCCCACUCACCGCAUGGCCCCCAGCCUGCGGUGUGAGAUGCUCUCUGGCUCCCAGCAGAGGCUAAUUCUGAGGCCCCCCCGGGUCCCGGGGAGCCGGAAGGGCCGUGGGAAGAUGUUCUCCUUGUGACGAGCCUGUUCCCACUUGACAGGCAUCGUGCUGCAGUGGGCCAGGGCUGUUCUUCGCCUGGUCGUAGCUCCCGGGGCUCAGUGUGUUGGGAAAGGUUCGAGCUACCAGUACGGGGCUUUGUUUGACAGAAACUGCGCUGGGCCCCCCACGUCCACCCCUGCAGGCUGUGUGAUCUAAUGAGCCCUCCCCGACCGUGUGGCGUUUUGCAGUGGGACAGAGGAGACACCUCUCUGUGCAGGGGCUGGCUCCGUUCACCCCACCCUCAUCCCGCCUCUUCCAGCCCCGCAGAUACGGGCACCUCUCAGCAGCAGCCAAGCCUCUCAGCCUUUACCCACCUCUUCCUGAGGCCGGGGUUAAUUCUGAACGGAAGGGAGCCAUUUGCCGCUGCGUCGCAGGCUGGAAUGCAGGCAGUCUUGCCAAGUGGGCAGAGCAGGAGUCAUGCCUAGUGGGUGGAGCACGCAUCCAGGUUGGGGAAAUAAGCUAAGAGUCAGCCAGGGAGUGAAGCAGAGAGUCAGAGCCUGGGGCAGAAGUUGCAGGCCUGGCCCGGAGCCAGGACGGGUCCCUGAGCUCUGCAGGUGUGAGAGCAGAGACUGGAGGAGGGGCAAGAAUCAAGCACGGAGCAGGAGCGGCGGCUUCCUCCUGCCUUGACUAGCCUGGUGGCCCAGGCGCUGGAGUGGGCAGCCCCCCGUUGCAGGGGCCCACGGCGGGGCUUGGCGGAGGCUGCCCGGUCCUCGUAACAGGGCAGACACGGGAUGGAGCCGGGCCAGUGUGGCUGUCUGGGCGCUGGCGCGAGGGCAGGACAUCACCCCGUGCACAGCAGGAGCCGUUCCACCGAGGGGAGGCGCGGGCCCGUUCCAGCUGGCUGGGCAGCCGAGCCAGGCUCUGCCGGGCGCCGGGGUCGAACUCUGCUCUCUCCUCGCGGGAGGCAGCCAGCUCCCUGGGCGGCUCUUUCCCCACAAACUCCAUCUGCUGCUUCCGCUUCCAGUGCGCGAGGUGGGAGCAAGGGGAAUAGGAGCAGCUCCGGGACCUGCCUGCGCACCCUGCCGGAGGCCGUGCCGUGCACCAGGCCACUGACUGCCGAGCGCCACCUCCCCGCGUCAGGAAGGCUGCAGGCCCUCUGCCCCCCGUCCCGCCCUGGCAGUCACCUGCCAAAGGCUCGCGGGCCCCUGUGGGCCUGUCCCGCUCACGCAGGCAGCUGGGGGAAGCUGAUGUGUCCCACAGGCGCAAUGAAGCCCCCUGGCAGCCGCAGCCCUGGGGGGAGCCGGCAGCCUCACAAGGCCGGGCAAGUCCCUAAGAAUCGUCUCUUCUGGCCACUGCUCCGGCCCUUGCGUGGCGUGGUGGGCGGGUAGCUCAGCCACGCGCCGCCGUGCUCGGCCGGGUGGAGCUCCUCCUUGUCCCGCUGCCUCAGGCCGUCAUGCCUGGGCUGGCGCCGGGUGUCGCUGGCUCACAGCACUGGAGAGGCCCUCAAGUCCAGGCCCGGGUGUCCAACCUGCUCUUAAAUAGCCCCGGGGACAGAGAUUCCCCGGGCAGUUUAGUCCAGAGUGCGACCGGCAGGACGAUUUCCCUCAUGUCCAACCUAACCCCCCUGGCUGCAGUUUGAGCCCCUUGCUCCUUGUCCUGUCAGGCAGCAGAGGGGACGGAGAACAACGUUUCUCCCUCCAGGUCCUUGAAAGCUGCUGCCAUGUCCCCUCUCAGCCUGCUCUUGGCCUAACCAGCCCCGUUCCGCCAGCCCUUUGAAUCGGGAGGGUCCGUUAGGCUGAUGCUGGACCACUAGUCCCAGCUGGCCCCUUGAGCCAGAGGGGAGCAGUAGGAGUCCGGGGGGGUGGGCGAGCUGCUGCCAGCGCCACGGGAGAGAAGGAUGGACGCAUGGUGUCCCGUGGCGGGAGAGCAUGUGUUGCAUUCCAGCAGCUGACUGGCAGGAGUCAGAGGGACUGUGCCAGGGUGGGGCAGCGUCCCAGAACAGCCCACAGGGUCUCUUCUCUCUCUCGUGGCUCCCUCGCCAGCGGCAGGCCCGUGGCUGCUCUCACAGAACCGUCCGCUUCCCGGCUUCCUCCUGCCCAGCUCUGAGCCCUCUGACCCUCUCUGGGGAGGAAAGCAGGGUGUGGGCCAGACGCCUCCGGGCAGCAGGUCUGGCUUGUGACCCGCCGGAGCCGAGGGCGGCCAGAGGCCUUUGCAUAGUGCCCAGGGCCUGAAGUGCCUGUAGGGCGGGGAGGAGGGGGAGGUACUACACCGCAUGCCCGGGGUCUGUAGCAUUUCCCACCAGCUGGUAUUGCCUUUGCAUGCCCCAGGCAGUGCUACAGACUAACGGGUUGCACUGGGGGGCCCAGCAUUUGCACUGACCCCCUGACAAUUGUAUCGUCUGAGAGCUAGAGCGCAGGCUUGGAGAGAUGGAAACUGUUUUUAACGAACCACGUAUCACACACCCCUCUGUCUGAGCCGGUGGCAAUGUUACCAGGUGAGGGGCAAAGGCACCACGUUGUGUUGUCAUGAUAAAUGACAACAUUUGCCAGUGUUGUAAUGUUCCUUUGCUACACAACCCUGAGUCAGGGCUGUGGAGACGAGCAGGUGGGGAUGGUUACUAAGGUACAAGGCCCCCGUUCCUUGCCCAGCAUUAAUUUCUACUCACCGCUGUGCUUUCCUGACAGGCCCGGGAAGCUGGGUCACCCUGCUGUGAAUACAUGGCAAUAUAGAUAUAUAUAUAAAUAUAUAUAUAUUUCUCUCAAACCAUGCCACAUCCAAAGGGUGCAAUAUGCUAGGAUCGGGGUGCCGACUCUUUACCGACAGACUCAUCCCAGGGAAAAGGGGGAGAGCACCCAGCAGCUGGGACAAGUUCUUCAUCGCAAACGAAGUUUCGAAAAACAGGGUAACACGUUAACUGUCAUGGAAGUUUCUGUUCUAAUUUGUGACACAGUCACCAUUUUCAGUUUCUGUAGCAGAAGACGCUUGUCUUGGCUUUAGUUUCAGAUUGAUUCUCUACAGCUGGAAGGAGGCCUAUGCGGAAAGUGGUUAAUACGUGUCGAUUUCAUGUGCUGGAGAGAUACAACUAGGGGACAGUUUUGAAAAGCUGGAUUGAGUAUUUUCAUUAAAAAAAAGUGUUGUUAGCAAUAAUUGUGUCAGGCUGUUUCUUAGAAAAUAGCCAGUUGUUUGUUGUAUGUUUAUAAGCUGAUCAAUGAUCAUAGAGGUGUAAUUAACAAGCUGUCGCUAGCUGGCUGAGGCUUACGACUGAGAUGUCCUUGUGUUUUAAAACUGACUGACUAAAAAAAAAAAAAAAAUCAGCUUUUAACCUGCUGAAAGGCCUUGGAUUUGAGGGGAGACGGGAUUAGUCUGGUCCAAUCUAUUCAUGUAAAUCUGAAAGUGAGCCACGUUCUCAGUAGUUAGAAACAUGAGGUUUUGGGUCUCUUUUGUGCGCUUCAUUCUGUGUGAAAACUCUCACCGCUGGUGUUAUUCAGGACAGCAGUGAAAUGUGAGAACCAUGCCACGUGGAAGGGGUUUGCCCAUGAGCUUUGUAAUAGCGUCGUACAACCUUCAUUCCGUAAAUCGGUUAGAAAUUUUGUAGCGAGAAUUUCUCGGCUCUAAGACAGACAAUUCGUACUGAGAUUUUUCGUUUGGGGGCCAGUGUUUCCUAAGGGGGGUAGGCAGACAGACGUUGUGCUUUAGCCCAAUUUAUGGAUUCUGUGUUUACAUUGUUGUGCUUUACCCAGUUUAUGGAAUCUGUGUUUACUACUAUUAUACAGUAGUACUGAUGAGAAAGUACAUUUGUAUCUGUACCUUUGCACAGCCUCUUGGUUAACCAUUAAAUAAGCUUCAAGAUGAGCAGUAUUUGACUGUUUUUCUCUGUAUUAUUCUUGUUGUUAUACUUACCAGUAAAAGCACAUUCUAUAUGUACUGUAAACAAAACUAUUACCAGUUUAGUAAACUUUAGAGUCUUAAGGAUUUUUCCACUUUUGUCAGUAACAAAUAUUUAUGGAUUCCAAA